CCAAUCCCCUUUCUUUUGUAUCUCUGUUUAAAUCGAAUAAGUACGGUAAGUGGUCACCACAUUCACAGGCCAAAGAAUUUAUAGAAAGAAAGAAUGAGUACUAGUGAAAAGACAAAAAGAAGCCGAUCACCUAUAGGAAGUCACAGGCACAGAGAUUAUCGUCACCGAGACCAAGAUAGUGACAGAAACAGAGAUGUAGUUAAGGACAACAAAAGCAGGAACAAAUAUCGAGACAGGGAAAGAAGUUGUGACAGAGAGUGGAGCCGGUCGCGUGAGCGGGAACUUGAUAGAGGUAGUGGGAGAGACAGAGGAGCUAAAAAACAUAUUUCUGCACGCAGUCGUUCAAGAUCCCCCAGACGAUGUAGAUCAAGCUCAAGAUAUUUGGAUGACAGUGAUCAGAACAAGUCUGGGAAUUAUGGUGACUAUCACACCCGCAGAAGAUCCCGGAGUCCUCAGGAAGACAGACGUAGUGACAAAGAGGUAACAUUAUCAGACAUUGAGCCAGAGGACGCUGAUGAAGAGACACUAGCUAUGCAACGAUUAAUGGGAUUCAAUACGUUUGAUUCAACAAAGGGUAAACAUGUGCAUGGCAACAGUGGAACUACUGUGGCUAAGGUGCAAAAGCCCAAACAUUACAGGCAAUACAUGAAUCGACGCGGUGGCUUCAACAGACCUUUGGACCCAAUACACUAAAUUAUUACUUUAUAGUACAUGCAGUCUUGAUUAUCUGAUCCCCAAUCAUCCAAAAUCUUGAUUAUCCAAAUGAAAGAUUCGGUAGAUUUUAUACCAAACACCUA